GAUGUUGCUUGCUCCUCGGAUAGUUUCUGGGGUACCGAGACGCAAAUGCAGGUCGCUGGGCGAGGUGCGCUCGGGGCGUCCGACGUCGUGAAGACACUGACAAUCCAGUGCGAGGCCGCAGACUGCCGUGCGCUGCUGCAGGUGGGCGUGCCCAGCAGCCACGCCGCAAAUCCUGUUAUCGUCGUCAAGUGUGGCAACUGCAGCAGGUUGCUGGAAGUUCGUUUGGAUGCUGCGCAUCAGGGAGAGCUCCAGCUGCCGGCUGGAUCGCAGGCAACAGGCGGCAGGGCAUCACAGGGGCUGGAUUGGGGGAGUUCUGGCCCAGAUUUGGGGGGACCGAGGGGCAGCGGUGGUCCACCGCAGCAGCAGCAGAGCCAGCAGCAGGGGGACCCCAAGGAGGACGCAAGCCGCAUCAUUGAAAACAUUCUCACGAGGAGCUCGGAGGACGACGGCGGGAGAGGGGGGCCGGCCUUGGGGCGGGGGGGCGACCGGCAUGGCGGCUUCGGCCGCGCCGCGUACAGCACCGGGCCCAUGUUCGCGCGCCAGCAGAUGCCGACAGGCCAGGGGAUGAUGGAGCCGCAGCUGCCCAGGGCUGCCCAGCAGCGAUUCCUGGGCGGGGAGGCGGUCAGCUCAGUGCGCCAUCUCAGCGUGCGACCUCCGCGCUCAACGCAGCAGCCGGACCCCUUUGCCCGCUACCAGCCGCGCUACGAGCAGCAGCAGCCGCAGCAGGUGCCGGCACAUGGCCACGGCGCGGCGGCACAUGCGCGCAGCCCGGAGGGCCAGUCUCCUGGGGCGAGAUCGGCCGCUCUGGCGCUUGGCGGCGUCGGGCUGCGGCUGCAGAGCCCCGAGGGCCUGCUCGCACAUGCCCACAUGUCCACCAUGGAGAGUCCUCCGCAGGCGAGCCACACUGCGUAUGCCUCGCCCGGGCAGUACCAGUACAGCCAGCAGCUACACCAGGCCCAGCAGGAGCAGCAACGAGUGCACAUGCAGCAGCAGCAACAGCAGCAGCAGCAGCAGCAGCAGCAGAGGCAGCAGCAGCCAAAUUCCCUGCAUCAACGCAGCAGGAGCCAGCUGGGCCCCUCUGAGUUCGGGGGGUAUCUGCUUCACCCGGACGAGCCGCUGCAGCAGGAACGCGCAGAUGCGAUGCAGGGCCUGCCGAGGGAUGUUUGGUCGCGGCUGCCGGGGCGGCCAGAGGAGCAGUUCCAGGGAUUUGACUUUGCCAUCGAGCGCAGCAUGCUCCAUGCUCACAACCUCAAGCCCGGCCGCGCCGGCGAGCCAGCAUCAGGUGGGAGGAAGCGGCCAGCGGAGCAGGAGGUCGGCGGUGGCGGCAGCGGCGGUGGCGGGGGGUCUGGGGGGGGGGUCCCUGCUGGACCACAAGGCGGUGCUGAGGGGCCAGCGGUGGAAGCUGCCACGCGUGCGCAGCCUCGGGUCACUGCCGAGCGAUGAUGCACUGUUGGCGCAGGCCGCCACCUGGCCCGAGCGGAGGUCGACACAGAGGGAGGGAACAGCACCGCCCCAACCCAAGCCUGCCACAGAGCCGGCACAACAAGAGGCUGCAAAUGCAAAGAACAAAAAGGCAGCAGCGAGCAGUGCCAGUCCUUCCGACCCCUUGCCAGCCCCUCAAGCUAAUGCUCACCCAUCAGGUCAGCAGAGUAACGCCACUGCACAGCACCCUGCUGAGGCCCCCACUGGCAGCCAAGCGGGCGCACCAGCAGAGGACCCCUCGGCCAUCAUCGGUUUGCAGACCCCUGCCAAGGGCGUCGCACCGAACGCAGUGGACCCCCCGGCGUCCGACGGCAGCGCCAGCCUGCGCGGCCUGCGCAUCCGACCGCUCGAUAUCUCCCCGGUGGCGGCCGCGGCGGCGGGGAAUUCAAAUUCGACCGCAAAUGCUAACAACAUUUCGAGCAAUGUUGGCGGCGGAAACAGCGGCGCGGCCGAUACGGCGUCGCCGGUGAGCCACGGCAGUUUGAACGCGUUCAACCCCUUCGAGGGGGGGUCCGAGUUCUCGCUGUCCCCCCUGCGGCGCGGAGGGGACCACCGGGGAGAUAACGCGGGGGCCCAGGGGUCGCCGCCCGCGCACAGCGCGUUCAGCCCCUUUGGCCUCGUGGCAGAGCUGCGCUUCACCCCCACGCCUCCCCUGGAAAUGGGGGCGCCUCUGGAGACAGGCCAGCCUGAGUAAUUUGUUAUCAACGAUCCGCAUAUUAGUAAAGUUGCAGCACUUUGUCUCUUUGCCAUGCAAAGUAGGGCGUUGGUUGGGAAACCCAUUUUGGGGACAUUCUUUUGGCGCGUUCAAGCGUUGCUGUGAAGUCACCUGUGCUCAACAGCACAGAGAUAAAUGCUGCUACAAAGUGGGCAAUGGAAGGGGAACCGAGAAGGACUGCAGCUCACAGAAUGACCUGCUCGAUGCAUUCAAAUAAUACACCACGCAGUCGAAUAAAUGUUUGCUUCCAAAGAAGUGUACUUGUUGGCAGCCUGCUGCAUGACUAAACAACUGGGUUGAGCUUUGUUGAUUGUGUUGCAUGCACCAAACGUUUGAACUGGAUGAACUCAGGAACUCAGGAGCUCAGGAACCUCGAGGAACAUGCAACAUCAUGCUUUCAUACACUGCAUGUCUCUGUUCAGAGGGCAUUCAGUUAAGCUUGGCUUCUUGUGUGUCAGCUUUUUGCCAGGGCUUUGGCCCCCAAGCAAUGCUCAGAUGUCACUAGGAUCUCAAAGAUUGCGCAUGGGAUUCUGAGUAUGCUUUGCAAAUGUCUUUGGGGCGUACAUCUAGUUGAAAAGCGCCAAGCUUUGGGCUGCACACAAUACCCGGGCUUUGCAGACUCAUGGGCACUGCUGCUCAAUUUGGCUUCCGAUUAUGAGCACAGCGUGCUGCUUAAGCCGACGAUGGAAAUCUGCAUAAUAGUG